AUGGCAGUUUGGCUAUAUGGAGUUCUACUUCUACUCAGUGUUCUAUUCUACCUUCUUUAUCGUAAAUUCCACUAUUGGCAACAAAAGGAUAUACGAACAUGGCAAGUCAAUCCUCUGAUGGGUAAUUUAAGACAGCUGGACACCAUGCACCACACCGAUAUCUUGGCGGAAUUAUAUCAACGCUAUAAGGGAAAGGAAUGUGUGGCGGGAUUCUAUAUUUUUACACAACCUGUGGCGGUUCUCCUCGAUUUGGAUUUAAUUAAGGCUGCCUUGGUAAAGGAUUUCAAUGAAUUCUCCGAUCGUUUUGCCUAUCAAAAUAAUAAAGACCUCACGGCGGAUAAUCUCUUCUUUUGGGAAAGUCAAAAAUGGCGGUCGUUGCGUGGUAAAUUUUCCACCAUUUUCACACCGGCAAAAAUUAAAUAUAUGUACAAUACCAUAAAUGCGGCAGCGAUGCAAAUGAAGGACAGUGUUGCCACAUGUUUGGAAAAAUCGGAUAUUUUAAAUAUCACCGAUUUGAGUGGACGCUUCACUACCGAUGUCAUUGCCAACUGCAUUUUGGGGUGUGAGAGUCAUAGCCUGAAAUUUCAACCCAGUGAAUUUCAUAAUAUCGCCCCGGUCACAACGGGAGCGACAGAUUUCAAUAUUCGCUGGAAGCUGUUUGUGGAGACCUAUGUCCACAUCAUCGAAUCGAUGGGGAUACAUGUGACAUUUUUCCCUAAGGAACUCGAACAAUUCUAUAUGAAUUUAUUGAAAAAUAAUUUUAUUGAGAGGGAAAAGAUGAAUAUCCGGCGUCAGGACUUAUUGGAUUUGUUGGUGGAUUUGCGGAAACUUCAAGAUGAAAAUGGUAAUCCAAUAUUGACACAUAAUGAAAUUGCUUCGAAUCUAUUUUUAUUUUUUGCUGCGGGAUAUGAGUCAUCGGCGAAUACUAUUUGUAAUUCGUUGUGGGAAUUGGCCCGGCAUCCGGAAUUGCAGGAUCAUGUAAGGCAUGAGAUACAGUCGGUGCUGGAGGAGCACAAUAACGUGCUGAGCUAUGAGGCCUGCAUGAAAAUGACCUAUUUGGAUCAAAUUAUAUCGGAAACAAAUCGCCUCUACCCGAUCUUCUCCUAUUUGGAACGUCUGACCACAGUCGAUUAUAAAAUACCCAAUACAAAACAGGUAUUGGAAAAGGGUACACGCAUUCUGAUACCCAUACGUAGUAUACACUAUGAUCCAGACAUCUAUCCCAACCCAGAAGAAUUUCGUCCGGAACGCUUCGAUCCAGCUGAGGUAAAACAACGACAUCCCCAAUCGUAUUUGGCUUUUGGUGAUGGACCACGUAAUUGUAUUGGUAUACGGCUGGGAAGGUUACAAGUAACCACGGCGAUGGUGGCAAUGUUAUCCAAUUAUAAAUUUUCAUUAUGUGAUCGUACCAUCGAACGGGCUGAAUAUUCUAAGCAUACUUUCGCUUUGAAAAAUCUCCAUGAUAUAUGGUUGAGGGUGGAGAAGUUGGAGGGAUAA